AAUCGACUCGUUAUUUCGAGCUUUGGAGUUGAGCACUCGUGGUUUGUGAAUCCAGAAAGGGUUCCUUCUUUCACUUCAGAAGCAUUAGUUCGGCCUGCGGUCUCGCUCUGUACAAAAAGACCGCUGGCUAUUUCUCAGUACGGACCUCGCGCUCGGUUAAUAGGGAUAAAAGCAGUCGGGGACUCGAGUAAUUGCGCUAUAUUUGCAACCGUCUACUCAGCAAAGCAAAGGUACCUCAGGCUUUUGUAUGCAAUAAAAAAUCGGCGUUUUACAUUAAAUAAUUUCAAAACCAGAACAGUGAGCGCACUGAGCAACGAAGAAGCUAACACGAUUUUCUGACCUCAUUUUACUGACAUUUAGAACCAAAAUGGCUCACAGAUCUAGCAGAGAAAGAUACUGCUUGCUAUGGAUCUUGGCGAUAAACAAGAACCUCAUUGAAUAAAAAGAAAGGGAGAGCGGGAGAUACUACAAACUUGUCAUUUGCAUGCUUAGCGCACUGCUUAUGACGAACUACCGUUUCCCUAUCGAUAAAUUCACUCCUAUAUCUGCCGUGUUAAUUCCUGUAAGAAGAUGACAAGUUGUCGGUAUACCUUAGCGGAUUUCUGUCUAAAAAGUUGGAACGUCCACUCGAGCAUCGUAUCAGUUAUUCCGUGCGCACUACGUCAUAUUGACAUCACAGCAAAUUUCCUUGUGUAUUAUUUCUGCCGUCACAAAUUGAGCAAAGCACGAAAACAGCCGAUAUGACAAGCGACUAGAGCUCGCACAAGUCGCUGCUAAAACACAGAAAAAGCUCUCAUUCAAUCAUGAUACAAGCUGUGAGUGAUUCGUGCUCUGUUCGAUGGGCGAAGGUCAAUCGCAAAGUCUACAAGUUCCAAAGCCUCGUAUUCAAACAAGGUGAUGAUUCUGAAGCGCAAUCAGCGAUCGGUGAGCAACAAGCAGUCCAAACCGAUGACAAGAAUACCGUCUGUACCGGGAAACACCAAACAGGAAAUGAAGUCUUGGCCUUCGCCCAGCCUGACCGGGUGGAAAUUCAGCUAAGUGCCGGGGCAGGAGAGCAAACUGAUGACCAGCAACAAGAAUCGCAAUGUAUCCCCGAGGAAUCGAGAGGCGUGAACUCUGGAGAAACCUUAAAAAGCGAUUCAGAACUGCCAAAAAGCAUUCUCUCGAAGACAUCAGACUCAGCCGACCAAACCAAAUGGAAGACCGUGUACGGAGAGUACCUGGGCCCGAGCCACGUGACCACUAACCACAACAGGCCACCGUCACAGGAGGAGGAAACCAACUUUACGUCUGAAGAGUCUUCUAGUGCACGCCGAGCGCAGAGGAGGGUUCGAUUCCAAGAGGCGGACGGGGGAGAUGGACGUGAACUGGGGCCGAAUGGAGACGAACACGAGGCAGUGAGUGCAUCAACCUGCCCCACGUGCCGGCAACAUAUCGCCACUGGACCUCUCGUGUACACCGACCUCAUGGAGAAAACGAAAGAGGAGCUGGUGAAUAUGGUUGUCAAUCUCCACGUUAAUCUGGACCAAGAAAGGCGCAAGUAGCAAAUUCAGGAAAUUGACAGCGAGCAAGGAGAGUUCUGCAAAUUCCAAUCAUCGACGACCAAUACAAGCAAACCCAAGGUUAAUAAGAACGGCAACAAGAA